CAAAACUCAAUACUAUAUAUAUUUUUAUAUAUAAAUAUAGACUGAAUCCACCGAUCCAAAAGUUAAAAACAGAACAUAAAAUAAUAUCGCUAGCAUUUAAAUAAAAUGGAAUCUCUCAAAUCUUUUGCAGCUAUUUUCAUUGUGAUGUUUCUAACCAUGAGGGCUUUAGAGACCGCACCUAAAGUUCAAGCCCAAGAAUGUAGAGACAAUCUGAGUAAUAUGCAGGUGUGCGCAUCGUUGGUUCUGCCUGGUGCGGUCAAUCCAGCCCCGAACUCCAAUUGUUGCACUGCUCUCCAAUCAACUAACAAAGAUUGUCUAUGUAACGCUCUUCGAGCAGCCACCACACUUACCUCUCUUUGUAAUCUCCCCUCAUUUGACUGUGGUAUAACCAUAUAAGUGCCUAUAGUUUCAGCAACGGUCAGUUCCGAGGAUUUGGGGAGUUUGGUCUGCAAAAGACAAGACGAGCAAAUUAAAACAAUAAAAAAUAAUGAGAAAUCUACUGUUGGGUGUUUUUUCUGAAUUUGAUCUGUUGUUCGGUUUGUUGAUUUGUUCAAUACUUAUGAUGACACAUAUUGAAUAUCGUUUUCAC